CAGAGACAUCUAAAAGCCGUAUUGCCGAGAUGGUUUUCCACUUAAACAUUCAUACAGACUGUAUUGACUCAGUGGCCUUGAAUGUUAGUGAGAUAGCAAAGAAAGCCCAUGAAGCAGGAAAGAAGAUUGUACAUGUUGUAGCUGAGUUUGAGGUUUCAGAGAUUUUUGUAUUGAUUGAAGAAGAUGAAGAAGACGAGGAAGAGAGACUGGCUAGGGUCCUAAGAGAAUUAAUGGAUUUGGCUUUUGAAAGGAGGGUUAGUACAGUCCCAGCAUUAAGAUCUUCAGUUGAAGCCCUGAAGAGGAUGAAUUUCAAUAACAGAGAGUCAGAUGAGAUCAAGUGUACAAUUUGUCUGAAUGAAUUCUCCAUAGGGAAGGAGGUCAUAUGUAUGCCAUGCUCACAUAUUUUUGAUAGUGAAUGCAUAAUUCAAUGGAUGGAGAUGAACCAUGUCUGCCCGAUUUGCCGAUUCAAGAUGCCGCCUCAACAGUAUGAAGAGAUUUGA